AUGAGUACGGCAGUUGGACAACGGAAACCAGAAAAACUCGAAAGAGGCAAAGACAGAAACAAAACUACUAAAAACGCCAAGGCAGCAUCGCCAGUCGUUGAUGGACCACUGGAAUCCGAUACAGCUCGACCACUCGAUUCGGAAGAAAUUCAGGCUUUAGCGAUUCGUGCAGAAGAUCUUGAAAAAUUACAUCGAGACAAAAGCGGCAAAAAGUCGAUUAAUGACGAAGAUCAGCAGAAAUCUUUUAUCGUAAAAAAGACCAAAACGGGUCCAAAAAAACAACCAGUUCAAGUAGCGAAAAUAGCUCCGGGACAACCAGUACAAGACCAAUUGAUUAGUUCAGGAUUACGCUUCGAUUUGACGGGAAAACUACUUCCCUAUAGUAUUCUCGGUUCAGUCAAUGAAUAUGUUGCGGAAUUAUCAGAGCAAGAAGCAACCGAACUUGGAUCAACGAAUUCAGCGAAGAAAACUCUUGAAGACGUGCCAGAGAUUGGAAGAUACCCGAAGAAAAGUCGACGGUCAACCGGAAGUCCCGACGGCGGUGCCAGAUCAUUGAAUAAUUGGAAAUCUCGCAUGGAUGAGCGACGGCAAGUGAUGAAAACUAUGUCAAAGGAAUUGAAACGAUCUCCAGCCACUUUAUUGAUGAAUCAAACCGAUCGUUGGCGAGAACGGAAAGAACUUCUCGAUUUAAUGGAUACAACAUUACCACUACUACAAAAUGGAAAAAACUGGCGUUUACACAGUGAGUUUUGGGCACAACAACAAUUGCUUGGCAAUGAAGAUACAGGAAUACAUACGACACUAACACGAACCGAAAUCGGUUGUCCACUGCCAGUGGAAAUCAUUGGUAAAUCCAAUAUCGGUCUUCAAGAAACUGGUUUAGAUUUAGGUGACAAAGCAUCUGACGCUUUAUACCGACGAGAUUGGUUCAAUUCGGAAUAUUUGGACAGACGUUUCAAACAAUUGAAUCCAUUGAUGGAAGAAAUCCUUCCGCAUAAACCUGAUCUUGCAUCUCUAGAAGUCAUAGGUUACAAUACAUCACGGCGAAGAAAUCAACAGAAAAGUGACGUUGAAGUUCACAUUCACAGCAAAACGAAUGAAGAAGAAGACGAAGCGGAAACGACUGAUAAUAUCCAAAUCGAUGACGACGAUAAAGAAAACGAAAAUUAUAGUGAAGCACUCAAUGAUAUUCCGGAUGUUGUUGAUAUGCCAAUUAUGGGUCCGGCAUUGAAAAUCGAUUCAUUUGUCUUUCAACAAAUGCCCAAUGUGAAUGAGAACGAAGAACUCGAUUUUAUCUAUGAGAUUCGCGUUCAAUUUGAAAGUCAAAUCAAAGAAAGUGUAAUACGUGUAGUGGACAUAAAAAACGUUGGUUCGACAGUUUUCUACUAUGAAUGGCAACAAAAACCGUACACAAAACCAUUCGAUAUUGUCAACUCGAAAGUUCAACGUUUCUACUUUGACAAUCGUACAAGUUCGAUUUUACCAAAUGAAAAUCUUAAACUUUCGUUUGUAUUCAAAUCCAAUGAGCCUGGAAUAUUCACUGAACGUUGGCAGUUAUUGACACGUCCUGUUCUUUGCGGCGGUCGACCAAUUAUUUUUACAUUACGGGGAGUCACGACAGAAGAAGAUGUUCAUCGACAAACACGUCUGGAAAUUGAACAAAUGCUUUUCCAUAAAGAAGCGGAAAGCAUCGUUCGAAAGAUAGUUGAGAACAUUCUCGAUAAUGUUCGAACGCCUGAACGUGCUCGUUCGCCUAUUGGUUUCUAUAUGACCGAACAAGAACAGUUCCAAGAGAAGAAUCCUGAUCUCUAUUUCGAUUUCGAAGUUUUUGAACAAAUUAAGAAGAUUUAUCAACAACUUACUACCAACGAAGAAGAUCAGAAAUGGGAUUUAUCACUCGAGACAGUACGAAACAAAAUUCUCGCACUUGACGAAGAAAAUCCGGAGAAAUCAAAUCUACUUGAACAACUCAAUCAAGCAAUAAAUCAACUUACUCUUCAACCUUUAGUACCUGCUGAACAAACGACAUAUCUAGUUUGUUAUGAUAUUAUGAAUCAAUUUAUCGAUUCAUUCGUUGAUGAAAUGAUCAUUAUUCAUAAUAAAAUUCAAACAACCGAACAAGUUGUUGAUAUUUAUCCAGAUUUUGAUUUGUACGGCAACGAAUUCACCUCUUGGAAAAAAGCUUACGAAAUUAAUAAACAACAAGAACUUGAAAAACGGCCGAAGAGUGCUACCGGUGGCGCGGCAAAGGAUAAGAAAGGCGCAGCAAAGGGUGACAAAGGCGAUAAAGGCAAAAAAGGAGCAGAGAAAAAAGCUGCUGGAAAAUCGCCCGCAAAGAAAGCUCCGGCACCGCCUCAAACGCCAUCGGCAGCAAGUAAACGUGGAACUGCUAGUGGUACUAAUUCUCAAUUGAGUAAACAAUCUUCAUUCGUGGAUUCCGAAAAACCAGAGAAAGAAUCCGUGAUGUUAACACAAGAGCAAUUAGAAGAUCGUGCGAGAGCAGCCCAAGAAGCUUAUUUACCAAUUUAUACAUUAUUGUGUCAUACUUUUGAUCGUCUCGAACAAGCAUUAGACGAUCUAUCAGGCAAAUCAUCGGCUAACGAAGACGCUCUCUAUUCACAGUUGGCAACGACCAUACAGAAUCAAUCGUUGAACGUUCUCGAUAUUCUGAGAGAUGAACUAACACGGAAUGUUUUAUCAAUAGAUAUGAACAAUUUCUUUUAA